AUGCUUUUGAAACACACAUUGAGACUAUCACUCGUUGCUACUGCUGUCUCCUCUCUUGUCAGUGCUGCUGUCAUCAUUCCCAAUGCUCGUAAGCGCAGUGGAGGUGUAUCUGGCAAAUUUGUACACAUCACAGAUUUCCAUUUAGAUCCCUACUAUGUGGAGGGCGCCUCCGUCUCCAGUCUCUGCCAUCGUAAAGACGGCGACACUGGCAAAGGUAUUGCUGGUAAAUUUGGCGCUUUAGGAAGUGAUUGUGAUUCCCCAAAGGCCUUGAUUGAUGCCACAUUCGAAUUCUUGAAGCAACAGGCAUCCGAUGCAGACUUUGUCAUAUACACGGGUGAUUCCGUUCGUCAUGAUCGUGAUUACCAGGACAUGCGAGGCGACGACGAGGUCAGAUCCACUCAGCAACGAGUAGUGCACUAUUUCAAAGAGACAUUCUCCUCCAAAGUCAUCCCUGUGCUUGGCAACAAUGAUGUAGACACACACAACAAUGUCAUGGCCUACGAUGAUUCCUACACAGAUUUUGUGUCUACCUGGGCUCCAUUCGACCUGGCAUUGGGCCAAGAUUUCAUUCAAGGCGGCUACUAUGUCCAGGAGAUUACCUCCAAUCUACGUACCAUCAAUACAAACACUAUGGCCUUUUUCAAAAAGAAUGGGCUCUUGUACACAGACUGCGAUGUACCUGGACCUGGAAGAACUCAAUUAGACUGGCUGAAAAAGUCAUUGGAAGAAACGCGAGCUCAAAACUCCAAGGCUUAUAUUCUUGCGCAUGUGCCACCAAAUAGUAAAUUAGACGAGCAUUUCUACAAGGAUAGAUGCUACGAUGAGUACUACAGUCUUUUGGGCUCUUACUCGGACGUUAUUUUAGCCCACUUCUCUGGCCAUUUCAACUAUGAUCAAUUGACAGCUGUACUGCAGAACAAACAAGACGGCACCUAUACUCGAGUUGCAGCCCUGGGAGAGGAGGAAGUUCCCAUGACAGCUGCAGAACUAGAGACAUACAAGGUGGUUGGUGUCCUUUUCAAUGCGCCUUCGAUAGUGCCUCAACAGAAUCCUGCAGUUCGAAUCUAUACAUAUGAUACAGAAGGCACACAAUACCCUUAUGGCACUAUUCUUGAUUGGGAUCAAUACUAUGCCAACUUGGAAGAGGCAAAUCAGAGCGGUGUGUUGCGAUACAAGUUGGAAUACACUGCGUCAAAAUUAUACAAUGUAGAUCACUUUGAUGCCAGCGGUUUGCAGAGCGUCUUUGAAGCUAUUUCAUUAGAUGAAACAGUUCGCCAACAAUACACUGCUUUCCGUGCUGUCAAUGGUGAAAAGACAGCCGAUAUCUAA